UGUGAAAGAAGAAAUUUUAUUUCUUGGGGAAGAUGAUAGCCGAGAAACCUAGUUGGGUUAGGCAUGAAGGUAUGCAAAUUUUCUCCAUUGAUGUUCAACCCGGAGGGCUUAGGUUUGCUACCGGUGGUGGUGACCACAAGGUUCGAAUAUGGAAUAUGAAGUCUGUUAGUACUGACAUAGAAAAUGAUGCCUUUUCUCAAAGGCUUCUUGCAACCCUGCGGGAUCACUUUGGAUCCGUCAACUGUGUUAGGUGGGCAAAACAUGGAAGGUUUGUUGCAUCAGGGUCCGAUGAUCAGGCUAUAUUAAUUCAUGAGAGAAAACCUGGUUCAGGAACCACUGAAUUUGGCAGUGGAGAGCCCCCAGAUAUUCAAAACUGGAAAGUUGCAAUGACUUUGAGAGGGCACACUGGAGAUGUGGUAAUGCUAUUGCUUUUAUUUUUCAAUCUCGUCCUCUGCAAAAAAUAGUUUCUUGUGUCAACCAUUUGAUUCCAUUCUGCCAUUUGCUCUCAUAUUUGAAUGAAUCAAUUUGUCACCUAAAUGGAUAACUAGCUACUUGUUCAAAAGCUUGUUGCACUUUCAAUGAUCAUCAUUAACUUGGGAUC